UUCUCCUACUAUGGCAUGCGAGCUGUCCUGGUGCUGUACUUCACAAACUUCUUGCGUUGGGGCGAUGACUUGGCCACCUCCAUCUAUCACGUCUUUGUGGCUCUCUGCUACCUGACCCCCAUCCUGGGGGCCAUUGUGGCUGACUCCUGGCUGGGAAAGUUUAAGACUAUCAUCUACUUGUCCAUUGUCUAUGCAAUUGGGCAGGUUGCGAUGGCUGUCAGUGCAGUCCAUGACAUCACUGACACGAACAAAGACGGGACACCAGAGAACAUGACCUUUCAUGUUGCGAUGUCCAUGGUGGGUCUCUUCCUCAUCGCUCUGGGUACCGGCGGCAUCAAACCUUGUGUUGCUGCCUUUGGUGGAGACCAGUUUAAUGAGAAUCAGGACAAGCAAAGGAGAACUUUCUUUUCCGUGUUCUACCUGUGCAUCAAUGGUGGAAGUCUCCUGUCAACCAUUAUCACACCAAUCAUCAGAGCUCAGGAGUGUGGCAUCCACAGCCAGCAGGAAUGUUAUUCCCUGGCCUUCGGCGUCCCUGCAGCACUAAUGGUGGUUGCACUUGCGGUGUUUAUCGCUGGAAGUGGUAUGUACUACAAAGCUGAGCCAGAGGGAAACAUCAUGCUGGAUGUGUGUAAAUGCAUAGCGUUUGCCCUUUCAAACCGCUUCAGUCACAGAAGCAAACAAUACCCAAAGAGGCAGCACUGGAUGGACUGGGCAGAGGAAAGAUAUGAUAAACUCCUCAUUGCUCAAAUCAAAAUGGUGCUGAAGGUCCUCUUCUUAUACACCCCACUUCCAAUGUUCUGGACCCUUUUUGACCAAAAGGGUUCUCGAUGGACUCUGCAAGCCACCACCAUGGAUGGAAACUUGGGUCUACUUGUCGUACAGCCCGAUCAGAUGCAGACUGUCAACCCCAUCCUGAUCCUGACUCUGGUGCCUGUCAUGGACAACGUGAUCUACCCUCUGAUCAAAAAAUGUGGCCUGAACUUUACACCUCUGAAAAGAAUGACAGUGGGGAUGGUUAUGGCAGCUAUAGCUUUUGUCUGUGCUGGUUUGGUACAGAAGGAAAUUGAUAAAACAUUGCCCACCUUCCCAUCAGCCUCCCAGGCUCAAUUGAAACUUCUUAACAUGGGCAAUAGUCCAGUGGCAUUUAGUCUGACUGGCACUGAACCCGGGCUGCUUUCCGCUGGUCAGACCAGUGAAGGGUUCAUGACGUUUGAAGCAGAAGAUGUAAGCAUUUCAAUAGGCAGCCCUCCAGUGACGAGGACAAUUUCCUUGGCCAAGGGACAUCGACAGACGCUUCUCAUUCCUGCAACCAUCACUGACGAAUGGCUGUUGGUUGAUGAUUUGACUUCCAAACCAGCAAAAGGCAGAAACGCAGUCCGAUUUAUAAACGGAAUGAAAAUAAGUGUGAACGUAUCAACUUCUGCAGUUGACCUGGGACUAAUUGACAAAUUGUAUUAUUCCAACUACUCCUUGAUAAAAAAUGGAAAGGCCACCUUCACUAUACAGAGUGAUUCACAGUCGUAUGAAUACAGCAGGGACUUUGGAUUUGGAAGUUCAUAUACCCUCUUUAUCCCUAGCACUUUUAACUUUGGACCAAAUUGUCAGGACUUGAUUACUGUAGCAGAAUACAUCAAGCCCAACUCAGUUCAGAUUGCUCUCCAGAUCCCACAGUACUUCUUCAUCACUGUUGGUGAAGUGAUGUUUUCUGUUACUGGUCUGGAGUUCUCCUACUCACAGGCACCUAAGAACAUGAAAGCAGUGCUGCAAGCAGGCUGGCUGCUUACUGUUGCUAUUGGCAACUUAAUUGUACUGGUUGUGGCUGAAAUUGCAAAGCUUCCCCAACAGUGGGCAGAGUACAUCCUAUUUGCCUCACUCUUGAUCGCAGUGUGCGUCAUCUUCUCUAUUAUGGCGCACUUCUACACCUACAUUGACCCUGCAGAAAUUGAGGCCCAGUUCAUGAACAAUGACGAUGACGAGGAUGAUAAAUCCAGCUACAGACAACAGAGGUCGAGAUGGUUAAGACAGGGCCACAUAAAGGUCACAAUGAAUAUAACACAGGCAAACAGACCAGAAUGUGAACAAUUUGAAAAGCAGAUUUGAUAUCCAUAA